GGUUUUUAUGUUGGUCGCAUAUCUAUAGGUAUAAGGUAACCGAAUGACGCAUAUUCUUCUACUGAGAAACCAAACCUACUGCUUGACUUCUCGAGUUUCACUGACCAUUACACCAAUCACAAACCGCGGCUAUUAACCGCAAAAGAUCCGAUUCCGCCGUCUCCAUGUCUCAAGAAGACGCCAAAAAGGACCCCACCGAGGUGAUGGAGCGGACAGAAUCAGAGGAAAGUCCUGUUCCCAGCUCGAAGGAGCGCACGAAGCAGCGCACGAAAGAGAGCACGAAAACCAGUCGGGCGCUCCAACGGCAGAAGCAAGCCUACGACGACGACGAAGACUCGGAAUUGGAGGAGUUCUUGGCGCCGCCGCCGCGAAAGAACCGACGGAUGAUUCCGGUUCACCAGUCUCGAAUUUCCGACCGGCCCAUUAAGAAAGGCGCCGAAGAUAGUAGUUUGAAGAUUAAGAUCGAGCUGGACUUGGAAGUUGAGCUCGAGCUCUAUGCUAGGGUGAAGGGGGACGUCACCAUCGGUUUACUGUAAGAGGACCGAAUGAUUUGUGUUAUUCGCUAUCCCGGGGGUCACUCAUUAGGCGGUUGUCAUUUUGAAAGAGG